UUUCAUUACCGCACCAUGAACACAUCAAAGAAAAUGUCAGCCGCUACAGAACAAAAUAAUGGUGAUGUCGCCGUUGAGAAAGUUGCCGCCGAUGCCGUGGAUGCGGCAGCAGCCGUGAAGGAAGAUCUCAAAAAGCCUGCCGUCGACGAAAAAGUAGUGGCCGCCGACAAUGGUACAGCGUCCAAGGAAGAUGCCGAUGAGGAGGAUGCACCCGAUUCCGUCAAAGUAGCCGUCGCCCCCGUCAAGGAACAAGUGAAAGGAACAAAACGGCCUGCUGAAGCAAAACCCGCCGAUUCAAAGAAGUCCAAAAAAGAAAAGGCCCCUGCCGCUGACGCUGAUUCGGAUGAGGAUGAAGUUUUAGAAGAGAUCAUUGAGGGUGAUAGUGACAUUGAAAGUGAUGAAUACGAUAUCCCCUACGAUGGUGAAGAGGAAGAUCUCGAAUGUGACGACGAUGACGACGAUAACGAUGACGGCUCCGGCUCCGACGAUCAGGCGUAAUAAUAAUGUAGUAGUCAAAAACCAUUUAAAUUAAAUAUAAUAAAAAAAAAAAAUCAUAAAAAUGCAAGAAAACUUAAAAAACAGUAAAACAAACAAAAAAUGUAAUAACACAAAACCAACAAAAAUCGAUGAAAAAGGAAAGAAGUAUAUAAUUAUUAUGUUAAGAAAUACUUUUUAAUUUCUUAUUUUAUUUUAAUUGUAUUAUGUGUAAUUUUUUUUAUAAAAAAAUAAGAGAUACGAUGAUGAUGCUGAUGCUGAUCAACAAAAAAGGCAAAAAACCCACAAACUGCAUAAUUUUUUCCUUUACUCUUAAGUCUUACGUAUGUACGUAUAUUAUCAUUUAAAUAUAUAAAUAUAUUAUAUAUAUAAAUAUAUAUAAAACUUAAGCGUAUUGAUGAAAAGAUGAGUUUAACAAAAAUUAAAUAAUAAUAUAACAAUAACGAGAUGAAAAUGAUGAACACAAAUUACAACAAUAGCAAUUAGAAACGUUACAAUUGAGUAAAAAAACGCAAAAACAUGAAAAGUAUUUAAAUAAAAGAAAAUUAUGUGAAAAAAAUUUAAA